GUGCGGAUCAGCCCAACAUUCAAUCUCACGAAGAGAAGGAGAUAGUCCACCUGCUAUGCGGGAGUCUAUAAUGGUGUGUUUUUUUUUCAUUCUUUGACAGCUCCAAGCAGUCCAGAGGGCGCGCUGGUAGCGGGACGCAGUUUGGAUCAUUGGAAUGCGAAUUCAGAACCCGGCUCGACGCUGUGGAACGCGAGCGCAGGAUCCGGAGCCGCUCCGGUUUGCAGGUUCCAGUCGGGGAGGCGUAAGAGGAGAAAGACCGUUUUCAGUAAAGAGCAGGCUAAAUUCAUGAGGAGCGCUUUCGAAAAAGACCCGUAUCCGGACUACAAGAAGCGGACCCAGCUGUCCGAAAGCACCGGGAUUGCGGAGUCUCGGGUACAGGUGUGGUUUCAAAACAGGAGAGCGCGACAUUUACCUAAAAGGAGCCAGAGAAGCGCGCCACAGCCCUGGAGCCCUCGCCGAGCGCCGCUGGGUCCGCUCCGGGUCUUCCAAACCGCCGACACGCUGAGAGGGAGCCGGCCGGGUUCGGAGUGCGAUGGCCGGGUCGCGUCCCAGUAUUACGAGGCGUCUCUGAACACCGAGACACCGAGAGACCCGGACGGUCUGGCCCAGGGAAUUCCUUUCCAUUACUGGAACCGCUGAGACCCGGGCUGGGCGAGAAAUAUUCACCAACA